AUGACUGACCUCUCCUCGCUGAAAGGCGACAUCAACAUCGACGGGUCCAGCACGGUCUUCCCAAUCACCGAGGCAAUGGCCGAGGAGUUCGGCUAUGCCACCGACGGCAAUGUGAGGAUCACCGUUGGCGUCUCUGGCACCGGCGGGGGGUUCAAGAAGUUCUGUGCCGGUGAGAUCGUGAUCUCCGACGCGUCGCGACCCAUCAAGCAGUCAGAGGCGGACCUCUGCGCUGAAAACGGCGUCGAGUAUAUUGAGCUGCCCGUUGCCAUCGACGGUCUCAGCGUGAUGGUGAACCCCGGCAACGACUUCAUCGAGUGCAUGACCGUCGACGAACUGAACACCAUCUGGGCCCCCGAGGCCGAGGAGGUAGUCACCCGGUGGAACCAGGUGCGCCCCGAAUGGCCGGACGAGAAGAUUGGUCUGUACGCCCCCGGCGUUGACUCCGGGACUUUCGACUACUUCACGGAGACCGUGAACGGAGAGUCCCAGGCCUCCCGUGCCGACUUCCUGCCCAGCGAGGACGACAACGUCCUUGUCACCGGCAUCAGUAACGACCGGGGUGCGCUGGGCUACUUCGGCUAUGCCUACUACGCCGAGAACGCCGACCGGCUGAAGUUGGUUGCCAUCGACGGCGGCAGCGGCUGUGUGCUGCCCACGGACGAGACCAUCAACAACGGCUCGUACGCGCCGCUGUCUCGGCCGCUGUUCAUCUACGUCACCUCCGACGCUCUGAACCAGCCCCACAUCAUGGCCUUCGUUGAAUACUUCCUCGACGAGGCCAACCGUGACCUGAUCAGCGAGACCGGCUACAUCCCUUUCCCUAGCACCGUCUACGGCUUGGUUCUGGCCAAGUUCCGGAACGGCACAACUGGCGCUGUUUUUGGUGGCGACGCCAGAUUGCAUGGCACAGUCGAGGAAGUGCUCCAGGCCUCCCAGUAA